AUGUAAAACAGUUUUUUGCAAUUACCUUCAUGGGGGGACGAGAUUUAGUGACGUUGCUCUGGAGUGGAACGUUUGAAAAUCGAAAGUGAUAGCAAGUAGGGUUUUAUUUUCCUCAUGGACCCUCAAUUUGUCUUCGUCGUGUUCGCAGACCAUCUCAGAUCAGAAAGUCUGUCUGAUCUGAUAAUAUAAUCAUUAGAAUUUACUCCGAAGGCUGGUGAACAUAUUGAAGUUUUUUCGGGAUAUUGGAGUUAUGUCGUCUCUUGGUCAAACUGAGAGUUUUUGAAGACUCUGCCUUUCAAAAAUCCAACCAAGCCUACCUUCUCAUGUACAAGAAGUGUGGUGAAGGCUUGAGAACAGCACAUUCACAGUCGCAAGAAUACAGUCAACCUACAAGAGCAGGAUCGAGAAGAGGGGAGAAGGGAUCAGAAGGGAAGAAACAUGAGCAGGCAGACAGUGGCUCAUCAGAACACUAUGCUACAUCCCAACUACAGCAGCACGAGAGAAGAUUUUGACAUUGGACAACGGGAAGUUGCCAUCAGAGAAGAUGAAAACCUCCAACAAACAAUUAAAGAACAGGAUCAAAAACCAGCAACCGCAACAGCGCACAAUACUGUACAAUCUAACUACUCCGAAAGUUACAAACUAUCCUCCACCAAAGGCAAUAUUGGACUGUCCUCUACAGAGAGGGUGCAACAGUCUUCCUCAACAGGGUCUACGAGCCGUAGUGGGCAUACUAAUGUGGGUGCCCAGAAAAACACAGCAAAGUCAGGAGGGAAGGGAUCAGGACGGGAGAGCAAUUAUGCUUUUAAUCACAAACAUCCUGACAAUUUCCCAGUAUCAAAUGAUAAUAGAGUAUCCCAAAGUGUCAAAUCAAGAAGUAGAGAGAAUGCUGCUCAACACACAAUGACUAAAGGACAGGAAGAAGAACAAAUGACAGCGUCACAUUCCGACAGUCACUUCUUCUAUUCCCAUGAUCAACAAAGGCUGAAUGUUCCUGUAAAGAAAGAGUAUCAUGGGUUGUAUAACCAAGGAUCAACCUGCUAUUUGAACAGUGUCCUGCAGGUCCUAUUUAUGACAGAGGAAUGCAGGAAGGCUGUGUUAAGUUUAAAUGCCCUUGGACAAUUUGACAAUAAUCUUAAGAGCCUAUUUAAGACUUUAAAGAAAGAGACGACUGACACAUGUAAAAUCACACCCUGUCUGGACAUAGGAAAGGAGUUCAUGCAAAGGGACGCAGCUGAGUAUUUUGAGAAGAUCUUAAACAACGUCCAUGAUGAUGUGUCCAAGGUGUUCAAUGGAUCAUUGAGACACACCUCCACCUGUUCAAAGAAUCAUCAAACAAGUGAUGAAGUUUGCUCCUUUUGGACACUGCCCCUCUCCUUGGAAGGGCCCUCAGGCGAACCAUACAGUGUGAUGGAUGGCUUCGAAGAUUUUUUCAAAGGGUCACCUACAACUAAAGACAAUAUGAUGUACUGUGAUAAAUGUGGAGACAAAAAAGAUGGACAAAAUACUUGUGAAAUGGAGAUGGAGCCAAUGAUUCUGACUCUGCUACUAAAGAGGUUUGAGUUUGACGACAGAUGGAGGUCAUAUGUCAAAAUCAGGAGAGAAGUAGAGAUACCUCCCACAUUAAAAACAAAUAGGAAUGUUCAGUAUGAACUGUAUGCAAUUGUGGACCACAGUGGGAGUUUAACUAGCGGACAUUACAGGGCUCAAAUCAAGUCCUACGAGGACCAGAAAUGGUAUGAGUUUGAUGACAACUACGUUAAACAGCUGAGAGUUUUUGAAGACUCUGCCUUUCAAAAAUCCAACCAAGCCUACCUUCUCAUGUACAAGAAGUGUGGUGAAGGCUUGGGAACAUCGACUUCACAAAUGCAAGAAUACAGUCAUACUACAACAGCAGCAUCAAAAAGAGAGGAGAAGGGAUCAGGAGGGAAGAAAGAUUGCCACAGUAGUAGUCAGCAUGAUACCGUACACACAGGGAAUAAAGGACAGGUAGAAAAAGCAAUUACAACCCAACCACCCCCCAUCAACAGCCCUGGUCAACAAAGGCUGAAUGUUGAAGCACCAAAAAAAAAACUUGGGACUUCGGUGUAGCUAACAUUUAAAGGGUCAGACACGACCUUCAGAGAUCUGCCUGCUAAUAAUUACUAUACUUUUUAGACCUGCAUUUAAACAUGAUCAGGUAAAAAAAAAUAUAUAUAUUUUGUUGUAAAUCCACUUAAUAUUUGAGAAUCACUUAUGAGAGAACUUGCCUAAAUUAUUUUCACUUAAAUAAUUAAUUGCAACUCUGCUCAAAUUAAUCUAACACAACCCUUUUCAUAGUUACACACAUAGUUACACAGUUUAUUGUUGAUUUAAUGUCUUAAUCUCAUUUAAUGCCAUGUAAGCUGGUGCGUUUUAGACUAACUUAAUAAGAUUUGUAUCAAAAUAAAUAAAGACAGAAUCUUUUAAUACAAUUUGAUACUUUUUUUGUGUUGAGUUAAGAAUUGUUCAAUUCAAUAAAUACAUCAAUGGUGAAAUU